GGUUUACCAAUAUGGCAAGAAAGAGAAAGCCUUAACUUAAUGAAUGCUGUACGUAUUGACCCAAAAGGCUACAUGAGGUAUUUUAUGAGCAGCGGCUACAAUAAUUUAGGAAAUGUUUUAAAUAAUUACCCAGCUACAAACCCAGUUUAUUAUAAUAGUGUAUUAAAUGGACAAGCUAGAUACCACUCACAAGAUAUGGCAUUAAACGGCUGUUUUGCCCAUAAUGAUUGUAAUGGUGGUUCAAUUGCUUCAAGAUUCGAAAGAUUUAAUACAGGUUGCCAAUCAGGAUGGGGUGAAAAUUUAUCUGCCGGUUUAUCUGAUGGUGUUUCAACACAAAAUCAAUUAAUCUGUGAAACUGUACCAAACUGUGUUAAUGAUGGUUAUAACGAUGGCCAUAGAUCAAAUAUGAUGAAUUCAAAAUGGGUUACUGCCGGUACUGGUUUCUUUUAUUCAUACUCAUCAGCUUAUCGUUUCUACUGGAGUCAAGAUUACAAAGACUUAACAUGCGAACCACAAACCAGCCCAAUUUACUCUGGAUCCCAUUCUUUUUACAACUCUUAUCUUCCAAACUUUAUGGCUGUAUAUUAUAAUAAAAAAGGUGAAACUCUUCAAUCAGCUAAAAUUUUCUUUGGUUCAGGUGGUUCAGCUGACUUAACAUUAGCAAUUGGCUCAACCAAUAAAGGGCUUUUUGCAUACUCACCAAAUAGCUAUAUGGCCUGCGAUACAUAUAUUUUCGAAUUUAUUACAUCGAAUGGUAAUGUAUAUAGAUACCCAGAUACUGGUUCUCUUUCUAUUGUUACAAGUUCUGGUUCAUGUUAUGCUUGGGUAACCUCU